AUCGUCCCCUCCAAUCAAAAAUUCAGAUCACAGUAAGAUUCCCAAAAAUUCGAAAAAACGUCUCAGGCCAUGACAUUGCAGAGAGGUUUGCCUCUUCUCUUGCAACAGUACACGGCGUUGUUCAAGAAAAACCUUCUUCUUUCAUGGCGAAGCAAACGAGCCACGUUUCUUCAGCUCUUCGCUUCUUUCUUCUUCAUCCUCCUCAUCUUCUGUAUCCAAGAAGCUAUGGAGAAGAGCUUUGCGUCUUCCACGGCUCUUAAAACUGUUACGGAUCCGACGGCGUUGAUUUCGCCGCCGAUUCCGCCUUGCGAAGAUAAGUUCUUCGUGAAUCUUCCGUGCUAUGACUUUGUUUGGAGCGGAAAUCGUAGCCCCAAGGUGACUCAGAUUGUUAAUGCGAUUAUGAAGAAUAAUCCUGGAAGACCAAUUCCUACCGAGAAGGUACGAUCAUUCGUGGAUCCUGAAGCGGUAGAUACGUGGCUUAUGGCGAACCCGUUGCUAGUUCCAGGAGCUUUGCACUUUGUGGAAAGAAAUGCUACAGUAAUUAGUUAUGGUAUUCAAACUAAUUCAACACCAGAGAUGAAUAGAGGAAGAUUUGAAGAUCCCACUUUCAAGUUUCAGAUACCGCUUCAAAUUGCGGCUGAGCGUGAAAUCGCGAGGUCUUUAAUAGGAGAUCCAAACUUUAACUGGGUUGUUGGGUUUAAGGAGUUUCCGCACCCAACUAUCGAAGCUAUUGUUGCGUUGGACACUAUAGGACCGACUUUUUUCCUUGCUGUUGCGAUGUUUGGUUUUGUUCUUCAGAUUAGUUCUCUGAUCACUGAGAAAGAGCUCAAACUUCGCCAGGCAAUGACGAUGAUGGGUGUUUUUGACACUGCUUAUUGGUUGUCAUGGCUUACCUGGGAAGGAAUUCUUACUGCCAUAUCAGCGCUUUUGACAGUUCUCUUUGGAAUGAUGUUCCAAUUCGACUUCUUCUUGAAGAACAGUUUCCCUGUUGUCUUCCUACUUUUCAUGCUUUUCCAGUUUAAUCUGAUUGGACUAGCAUUCAUGCUAUCAGCUUUUAUCAGCAAAUCAUCGUCAGCAACAACUGUCGGCUUCUUUGUGUUUCUGGUUGGGUUUGUAACACAGCUUGCAACAUCAACUGGGUUUCCCUAUGCCAAGAAGUAUUCUCGCAGGAUCAGGUCGCUUUGGUCACUGUUCCCACCCAAUACCUUUUCUCAGGGUCUAAAGUUGCUUGCUGAUGCAACUUCAACUCCUCAAGAUCCUGGUAUUAGUUGGAGUAAGAGAGCAGAAUGCGGACCCAACGAUGACAUUGAUUGUGUGAUUACAAUUAAUGAUAUCUACUUGUGGCUUCUUGGGACAUUCUUUUUGUGGUUUGUUUUGGCUCUUUACUUCGACAAUAUUACUCCAAAUGCGUCUGGUGUAAGGAAAUCUAUCUUUUACUUUCUAAAACCUGGUUACUGGACCGGUAAAGGUGGAAACCGAGUAGAAGAAGGUGGAAUUUGUAGUUGUACUGGUUCAGUCCCACCUGUGGAUCACAUUACCCCAGAUGACGAAGAUGUCCUUGAAGAGGAAACUUUAGUUAAACAACAUUCAGUGGAUGGUUUAGUUGAUCCCAACAUUGCAGUUCAAAUACGUGGUCUUGCAAAGACUUAUCCUGGGACGACGAAUUUUGGAUGCUGCAAAUGCAAGAAAACUCCCCCUUUUCAUGCUCUGAAGGGGUUGUGGAUGAAUAUUGCCAAAGAUCAGUUAUUCUGUCUUCUUGGACCCAAUGGCGCAGGAAAAACAACUACUAUCAAUUGUUUGACAGGCUUAUUUCCAGUUACUGGUGGUGAUGCACUAAUAUAUGGAAAUUCUAUAAGAAGCUCUGUUGGUAUGUCCAACAUCCGUAAAAUGAUUGGAGUUUGUCCUCAGUUUGAUAUUCUUUGGGAUUCUUUGUCUGGUGAAGAACACCUCAAACUCUUUGCUAGCAUCAAAGGGCUGCCACCUUCAUCGAUCAACUCGAUGGUGGAGAAGUCACUUGCGGAGGUAAAACUGACAGAAGCAGGGAAAAUCAGGGCAGGAAGUUACAGUGGAGGAAUGAAACGCCGACUCAGUGUUGCAGUUUCACUCAUUGGUGAUCCAAAGCUGGUCUUCCUGGACGAACCGACUACUGGCAUGGACCCGAUCACGAGGAGACAUGUGUGGGAUAUUAUACAGGAAACCAAGAAAGGCCGCGCCAUUAUACUAACGACACAUUCGAUGGAAGAAGCUGAUAUCUUAAGUGAUCGAAUAGGGAUAGUGGCUAAGGGUAGGCUCCGCUGCAUUGGAACAUCGAUCAGGUUGAAAUCCCGCUUUGGCACAGGUUUCAUUGCUAACAUUAGCUUCGUCGAAAGCAACAACCAAGAAAACAAUGGCAAUAACCACAAUGGGGAAAAUGGUGCUGUCGAUUCACGCGAGCCAGUGAAGAAAUUGUUUAAAGAUCAUCUCAAAGUCAAACCAAUAGAAGAAAACAAGGCCUUCAUGACCUUUGUUAUACCACACGACAAAGAGAAUCUUUUGACAGGCUUUUUCGCUGAGCUGCAAGACAGAGAAGAAGAAUUUGGAAUUUCAGAUAUCCAGCUUGGUCUCGCAACUCUUGAAGAAGUCUUUUUGAACAUAGCAAGAAAAGCUGAACUCGAAAGCGCUGCAGUUGAUGGAACAAUGGUCACUCUCGAUCUAACAUCUGGUUCAUCAGUCGAGAUACCGGUGGGGGCAAGAUUUAUUGGGAUACCGGGAACAGAAUCUGCAGAGAAUCCACGAGGAAUCAUGGUGGAAGUGUAUUGGCAACAAGACGAGUCAGGUUCAUUGUGCAUCUCAGGACACUCCACGGAGAUGCCAGUUCCUGAAAAUAUUCCCGUGACAGAUCCGGUGGCACCAGGACAUGGCGGAGUAAACUUGUUGGGAAGGAGAGGCCGAAGACAAGUUCAGGGAAUUGUGAUUGAUCCUGAGUUUGCCAGCUUUGUUAGAAGCGGUUCCACAUCUUCCAGACGCUUUUCGUUGUGAAAUGAAAUAUAAUGCGCCCGCGCAGACACAAACACACUGUUCUUAACUUACUGGACUAAGCUCUACAGGUUUUUCUGAUUCGUUGUUGUAGUUUUAUACGAAAAAAUCACAGGCGUGUUUAUUUAAAUUUGUGUUUUACGUAAUUAUGAUGUAAAUUAGAAGGAAGUUUGUGAUUAAAAACAAAUAUUUAACACUGCUAUGUUCAUUUCA